AAACUCGCCCGGCGCCCAUGCGCAGGGGGAUUCCGCCAGGCCCGCCGCACACCAACAUGGCGCCCUAGAUCCGCCGAGCCACUGUCACCGCGGCCUAGGGAGGCGGCCGCCGCCGUCGUCGUAGUCGCCAUCAUGUCCCGGCACAGGAAUGUCCGAGGCUAUAACUACGACGAAGAUUUUGAAGAUGAUGAUGUGUAUGGCCAGUCAGUAGAAGAUGAUUAUUGUAUUUCUCCUUCGACAGCAGCUCAAUUUAUCUACUCCAGACGAGACAAACCAGCAACACAUGGUGAGCCAUUAGAAGAAGACUACGACUAUGAAGUUACAGAUGAUACUGCUGAUGACUCCAGUCAUCAGUUAACUGAAGUUGAUAGAGCACGACUUAAUUCAUGCCUUGAUCAAAUGAGAGAAGUUUUGGCAGAGUCUGUACCAGAGCAAACAAUGGUGCAAGCAGUACUGGAUAAUAAAUUUGAUGUACAGAAGGCUUUGGAUUUUGUGCUUUCACAAGACAAUAAGCAAAAUGUGAAGACCAAGAAUCAGGAUGCUGCAAUUGUAAGAAAGACAACAAAAGGAAAAACAAGGGAUUCUCAGUCAGCCAGAACGGAAUCUGAAAUUGUGCCAAAAGUUACCAAAAUGACAGUGUCUGGAAAGAAACAGUCUAUGGGAUUUGAAGUUCCAUGUGUGGUUGCUGAAGAAAACGGCCAUACUAACACACCUCAUAAAGGACUCUUAACUGAGGAUGCCCGUGCAGCUUCUGGGGUACUUGAGGCAGUCUCAAAAUCUACUUCUUCACCCCAAGUAGUGCAGGGUUCAGAAGAGCAGAAUACAGUGCCUACUCCAGUAAAAAAGUCGAGCAAGACAAAACCACAAAUAGAUGUGAAAGCCGAGUUGGAGAAGAGACAAGGAGGGAAGCAACUUCUUAAUUUGGUGGUAAUAGGACAUGUUGAUGCAGGUAAAAGUACUUUAAUGGGUCAUCUUCUCUACCUUUUGGGAAAUGUGAACAAAAGAACUAUGCACAAAUAUGAACAGGAAUCUAAGAAGGCUGGCAAGGCUUCGUUUGCCUAUGCAUGGGUUUUGGAUGAAACUGGCGAAGAAAGAGAAAGGGGAGUGACAAUGGAUGUGGGUAUGACCAAAUUUGAGACAAAGACUAAAGUAAUCACACUGAUGGAUGCUCCAGGCCACAAAGACUUCAUUCCAAAUAUGAUCACUGGAGCUGCACAGGCUGAUGUGGCUAUUUUGGUUGUGGAUGCUAGCAGAGGAGAGUUUGAAGCAGGGUUUGAGACAGGUGGACAAACUCGAGAACAUGGAUUAUUAGUGCGCUCUCUUGGAGUGACCCAGCUAGCUGUGGCAGUCAAUAAAAUGGACCAGGUCAAUUGGCAACAGGAAAGAUUUCAGGAAAUUACGAGUAAGCUUGGCCAGUUUCUCAAACAAGCUGGGUUUAAGGAAUCAGAUGUGGCUUAUAUCCCAACCAGUGGCCUUGGUGGUGAAAAUCUGGUCACAAGAGGUCAGUCAAGUGACCUCACACAGUGGUAUAAAGGAAAGUGUCUGCUAGAGCAAAUUGAUUCUUUCAAGCCACCACAGAGAUCAGUGGAUAAACCGUUCAGGUUGUGUGUUGCUGAUGUUUUCAAAGACCAAGGAUCAGGAUUUUGUGUGACUGGUAAAAUAGAAGCAGGAUAUAUUCAGGUUGGAGAACGACUUCUGGCAAUGCCUCCCAAUGAAACUUGCACUGCAAAAGGAAUCACACUGCACGAUGAACCAGUUGAUUGGGCUGCAGCAGGAGAUCACGUUAGUCUCACUUUGACCGGCAUGGAUAUCAUCAAAAUCAAUGUUGGUUGUGUCUUUUGUGAUCCCAAGGAGCCCAUUAAAGUUUGCACUCGUUUCAGAGCUCGAGUUCUCAUCUUCAAUAUUGAGGUUCCAAUCACUAAGGGAUUUCCUGUGCUUUUACACUAUCAAACCAUAAGUGAACCUGCUACUAUUAAAAAACUCUUGAGUGUCCUGCACAAAAGCACUGGUGAAGUGACAAAGAAAAAACCUAAGUUCUUGGCUAAAGGUCAGAAUGCUCUAAUAGAACUACAAACUCAAAGACCUGUUGCUCUAGAGCUAUAUAAAGAUUUUAAAGAGCUUGGAAGAUUUAUGUUACGCUAUAGUGGUUCCACUAUUGCUGCAGGAGUUGUCACAGAGAUUAAAGAAUGACAGUGGUGCCAGAACUUCCACCAUCCAACCAAAAUGCAAACUUCUUUUUAAGAAUUCAGUUACUUCAGUUGAAGGAACAAGUGCAGUUAACUGGGGAGAAGAUGAUGAUGAUGAUGACAAAAGUUAAUAGUGUGGGAUGCCUGGAGAGCACUUCAUCAGUCUCUCUGCUGCAGAACAAGAUGCCAACUGACAAGGAACUGCUAAUGUUGCACUUCUCAAUCUUAAGAGUCUCAUCUGUUCCUCCCUGUGGAAUAUAGCCCUUGGACAGCUUGAUGGAAAAAUCUUAGAAAGCUAAAUUAGAGAAAAAGAUGAUGAAAGAUGUUUCAUGAUUCAUCAUCAUGAAACAAACUCCUUACUUCCAGAUAUAAAUUGUUUACAUGUUUUCUUUGAUUUGCUUUUUUGCUGCACAUUAACUCAGUAAAAUAACUUUAUUGGUCUAAUAUAUUUUUAGGUUUGAGUUGAAUGGGUGUUCAGGGGAAAAAAAAUAAUAUUUACUUUGUUUUCAAGAGAAUGGCAUGUAGUAUUAUCCCAGGAUUGUUUUCCCUGUAUCAAAAUUUAUUUAAAAAAAUAAUUUUCUUUUGCUGUGUAGUGGAAGCUGUGCCAACAUUGGCUAAUUUUAUUUUUUAAACUGUCAGAAUAAUAAAAUAACUUUGUCUGAGCAUA